AGCCUCUUACUCAGCAAACACAGCACCUUCAGACAAGUGAGGGAGAGCAAUCCGAUGAGACACCAUCAGAGCAGAAUCAAGCAGAAGAAAAUCUCAAGGAUACUACAGAACCUACUACUGAGCUAGUUUCCACAGAGCCUACUACUGAACCUACUACUGAGCAUGUUUCGAAGAUACCGCCUAUUACUCAGAAAACAGAGCAUCUUCAGACAAGUGCUAUAGAUUUUUCAGAAACAAACGAGGUUGAAGUAAGCAGGCUUCUAGCUCACUUUCAAAUAGACGCAGAGGUUGAGAUUUUGUCUACUGAUGACGAAAUAUGGUAUCCAGGAAAGGUUGUUGAUCUUAAACUGUGUGAAGGACUAGAGGAGCUGACAGUUGAGUACACGACACUCUUCGCAGACCAACAUAGACUUCAGAAACUUCAGGAUACUAUCACGGCUGACAAAAUACGUCCUGCAACACCAACUAGUGACCAAAAAUCCUUUGAGAUGAUGGAUAAGGUAGAAGUCUUUUACAACAAUGGCUGGAGCAGCGGACAAAUUAGCAUGGUACUUGGUGAUAACACAUACUCGGUGUGUCUCUAUACUUCUAUGGAAACUAUUCUAUUCAAACAUUCAGAUUUGCGAAUUCAUAGAGAGUGGAAAGAUGGAGUCUGGAAGAUGGCAGAUAAGGUAAAUCAUAACUUUAAUUAUACUUCACGUGAAUUGUUUGAUAUACAUACAUUUUAGUUUCAGGAAUGGUUUCCAGAAAUUCCGAUUGCAACAAAUUUGAUAAUAUUUUGCUUGGUGUCUAUUGUUUGAUUAAAGGUGAAGCCUGAUAAGAAAAGGAAAGAUGCUACCUCAUCACAAAAUUCUGGAAUGGAUAAUGUUUUCCUAAGAAGGAGCGAGAGGGUGCCUAAACGAUCUAGAGACACAAAAACUCCAUUCAAGUUUGACAGAAAUCCGGCUUUAACUGUAAUACCUGAGAUUAUACCUGCAGUUGAUCCGUUUUCAACUCCUGCGGAACAUAAGCUUUCAAGGCUUCAAAAUUGGAUGACAUUAAAGCCCGGCAUGCAUGAAACGUCCCUAUCAAUCAAUGAUAAUAAGAUAAGGAAAUCUUUCUUUCAAAGCAUGGAAAAUGCAAAAAAGGACCUUAAGAAAGAGCACAUUGAUGGAGCCUUUGCAAUGCUAAAUUGCAGAAGAAAUGAGAAUGCUGCUUGGUUCCACAACUACAAGAUUCCAAAGGCGUGCUUCCUACCUAUGGAGUUCUUGCAUUGCUUGCUCUCUCAUGAUUUGGCUUACAAGAAAGAAAAGGUCAAAGGUAAAAAGAUUUUCAACGAUUUAUUUAAAGAUAUUGUAAGAGGGAAGGUAUAUCCAGAGAAGACAUGGGGAGAAGAUGUUGAUGUUGUGUAUGGGAUUACUCUUGGAAAAAAAAGCAAUGUCUGGAUUGGGAUGGAAAUUCAUUUGAAGAAGAAAAGAAUCACAGUAUAUGAUUGUUUUCAAAAGGAAAGCAACAGCAUUGAUAUUCCUCAAGUGAAAAAGUUGGCAGUGUUGAUUUCUGAUCUGCUGGUGGAAUCUUCUGGUGAUGAGGUAGAUAAAGUGAAGAUGAUUCCAUUUGAGGUUGAGCAGGCACAAGGUUUACCCAAGACAAAACAUCCUUUCAACUGUGGGAUAUUUCUUGUCAAGAUUCUGGAGUGCCAGUCAUUGAAGAUAGGAGACAUGACAAAGAUUAAUGAUGACAAUGCAUUGGAGCUAAGGAGAACCUUGUCUUGUGAGAUCUUCAACCAAUUUGUGGAUGAGAGCUUUGGGAAAUGAGAAUGAUGCAUCAAAACAUUUUUUGUUUUAGUUAAGACUCGGUUUUAGUUAUGACUGUUUAUUUUGUUA